GUAAUGUCAACUGAGUAAAAGAAAGAAGAACAAUUCCACUUCAAUGCAGAUAUCCAACAAUUAAUGGGUUUAAUUAUCAACACAUUCUAUUCAAAUAAAGAAAUUUUCUUGAGAGAAUUGAUCUCCAAUGCUUCAGAUGCUUUAGAUAAGAUUAGAUAUAAGUCUAUUACAGACCCAGACAGUGCUGGUUUGAACAUUGAACCAAAUUUCAAGAUUAAGAUUAUUCCAGAUAAAAAUAACAAUACUUUGACCAUUUAAGAUACAGGUAUUGGUAUGACAAGAGAUGAAAUGAUUAAUAACUUGGGUACCAUUGCAAAGUCAGGUACCAAGGCUUUCAUGGAAGCUUUAAGCUCAGGAGCUGAUAUUUCUAUGAUUGGACAAUUUGGUGUUGGUUUCUACUCUGCUUACUUGGUUGCUGAUAAGGUUGUUGUCAUCUCAAAGGCUGUUGGUGAAUAAUAAUAUAGAUGGGAAUCAUAAGCUGGUGGAACAUUCUUUGUCUAUGAUGAUUCUGAAAACCCAGUCUAAUUGACAAGAGGUUCAACCAUUAUUUUACACAUGAAGUAAGAUAACUUGGAAUUCUUGGAAGAAAAGAGAAUUAAGGAUUUGGUUAAGAAACAUUCAGAAUUCAUUGGAUUCCCAAUUGAAUUAUAAAUUGAAAAGACUACAGAAAAGGAAGUAAGUGAUGAUGAAGAUGAAAACAAGGAAAAGAAGGCUGAAGAAGGUGAAGUCUAAGAAGAAAAAGAUAAGGCUGAAAAGAAGAAGAAGAAGAUCAAGGAAGUCAGUACAGAAUUUGAAUAAGUUAAUAAGAACAAACCUUUAUGGAUGAAGAAACCAGAAGAAAUCACUAAGGAAGAAUAUGCUAACUUCUACAAAUAAUUGACAAAUGAUUGGGAAGAACAUUUGUCAGUCAAAUAAUUCUCAGUUGAAGGAGGUUUGGAAUUCAAAGCAGUACUCUUCAUUCCAAAGAGAGCACCAUUUGAUUUAUUCGAAACAAAGAAGAAGAAGAACAAUAUCAAAUUAUAUGUCAGAAGAGUAUUCAUUAUGGAUGACUGUGAAGAAUUGAUCCCUGAAUAUUUGGGAUUUGUUAAGGGAGUUGUUGAUUCUGAAGAUUUACCCUUAAAUAUUUCAAGAGAAUUCUUGUAACACAACAAGAUCUUGAAAGUAAUCAAGAAGAAUAUCACCAAGAAAUGUAUUGAAAUGUUCUAAGAAAUCAGUGAAAAUGCUGAAGAUUAUAAGAAAUUCUAUGAACAAUUUUCAAAGAAUCUCAAAUUAGGUAUUCAUGAAGAUUCAGCCAAUAGAACUAAAUUGAGUGAAUUCCUUAGAUUCCAUACAUCAAAGAGUGGUGAAGAAUAAAUUUCACUUAAAGAUUAUGUUGGAAAAAUGAAGGAAGGAUAAAAGGAUAUCUUCUUUAUUACUGGAGAAUCAAAAGCUUCAGUUGCUGCAUCACCAUUUGUUGAAGCUUUAAAGAAGAAGGAUUAUGAAGUUCUUUAUAUGAUUGAUCCAAUUGAUGAAUAUGUCAUCUAAUAAUUGAAAGAAUUUGAUGGAAAGAAAUUAAAGAAUUGCACAAAGGAAGGCUUAGAUUUAGAUUAAACUGAAGAUGAAAAGAAGAAAUUUGAAGAAUAAAAAUCAGCCUUUGAAGGAUUAUGCAAAUUGAUCAAGGAAAUCUUGGGAGAUAAGGUUGAAAAAGUCUAAUUAGGAUAAAGACUUGAUUAAUCACCAUGUGUUUUGGUUACUGGUGAAUAUGGAUGGUCUGCUAAUAUGGAAAGAAUCAUGAAAGCUUAAGCUUUGAGAGAUCCAUCAAUGAGUAGCUAUAUGAUGUCAAAGAAGACAUUAGAAAUCAAUGCUAAUCAUCCAAUUCUUACUGAAUUAAAGAAGAAAUCAGAUAAGGAUAAGAGUGACAAGACAGUCAAAGAUCUCAUAUGGUUACUUUAUGAAACUGCUCUUCUCACUUCUGGAUUCAGUUUAGAUGACCCAACUCAUUUUGCUAAUAGAAUCCAUAAAAUGAUCAAACUUGGUUUAUCUAUUGAUGAUGCUGGAAUUGAAGAAGAAGAUGACAAACUUCCAUAAUUAGAGGUAUUAUUAAUAAUUUAUAUUUUUCUUAGAAAAAAGAAGAUGCCAACACAGAAGCAACAAAAUCAAAGAUGGAAGAAGUUGAUUGAUU